GGUCGAAUUACCAACUUGCACACGGCACAGAAGCAAAAUGACAGGUCCCGCAACCAAGUAUGCAGACGACACCGACGGCAUGGAAAAGAACCAUAUGGAGAACCUCUCCAACGCCGAGAAUGAAAACGAGAAUGCUAGCCUGCUCCAUUCUCACGAACCUUACGAGAACCAAAGAAUUCCUCAGCAAUCACUGCGGUCUUCCUUGAUUAUUUUCACCCUGUCACUCUCAAACGUAAUCACCAUUGCGACUGUGUUAUUUCUCCUCAGGAAUUAUGUUCCGGUUGCAUGCCAUCGGGAUGAGCCAACAAAUGUGGUAUAUCCACCACAACCAAAAUGGCUCCCGCCUCAAAUCCCUGUCACGAAGAUUUUGCAAUCGGAUGAGCUGUACGGUCAGACGCCGAAUCCCGAGAGCAUUAAAGCAUGGAACGGUCUGCUUCCUAAGGGCCGAGGUUGGGUAAAGAUCUGGAAUGAGACGGCUCUGCCUGAUCUGCCCGGACUAAACCAAUCACUUGCAGAGCACCAUGCAUUUCCGUCUGUAUUCCAUCAACUCCACUGUCUCUACAGCACCAUGGACGCCUACUAUGGCCUUCUCGAUCAAAUCAAGGGCGAGGGGGAGGGGGCCAAGAAACCCGGGAAGAGAGAAAAACCCACAGAUCCCGGGUGGGAUUCGGAACACCUCAACCACUGCUGGGACUACCUACGGCAGACCAUCAUGUGCAACGCAGAUGUGACGCUCGAGUGGCGCAGGUACAACGAGCAAGUGGGUACGGGGUGGGGUUAUCAGCACCAGUGCAAAGACUGGGAUGCCAUCAUCGCAUGGGCCGAGCAGUAUCGGUACUCGAACAACUGGGGUAUCCUUAGGGGCGGGGGUGAGAGAAUCCCGCUGCCCUGACCCUGACGCUCCACGAUCCACGGAUUGUCGCUGCUGCUGAUUCUGGCAAAGGAUCUUUCUCGUAACACGACAUUUAAGAGCUCUGUUUAAUUAUAUUAAGGGCUCAGUUCAUACCUGUGACAGCGCAUAUAAAACUGGUCAACUUAAAGUGUCGCAUGC